AUGCGCCUGACCAAGGUGUUGAUGGACGGAGGCAGCAGCCUCAACAUCCUCUACGUCAACACCUUGGAGGUCAUGGGAAUCCCCAAAGCCAACUUCUGCACUGAGACCCUCACAUUUGAGGUGGUGGACUGGAAGGGGGUAUACCCUGCCAUUCUGGGCGCCCCGCCUACGACAAGUUCAUGGCGGUGCCCAACUACACCUACCUCAAGCUCAAGUUGCCGGGCCCGAACGGGGGUCAUCACCGUGAGCGACUCCUUCGAGCAGGCCUACAUCAGCAGCCGCGAGUAUUACGACUUUGCCACCACCGCGGCGAACUCGGCUGAGCUUGGCCAGCUUCGCGCCACCACCGCUAAGUGCCGCCCCAACCCUGGCAAACCUAGCCAGGCACCGGCCUUCGUCUCGACCGACGAAACCAAGUUGGUCGCGGUCAACGACGCCGACCCAACCAAGACGGUGCGGAUCAGCUCCCAGCUGCCGGCCAAAUAG